CACGGAGCGGCCGCUCCGCCCCGACGCUGAGCUAUGGAGCGCGGCCGGCGCGGGGUCCCCCGGCGGGGCAGGCGGAGCGGCGGCGGCGGCCUCCGCACCUUCGCGGCGGAAGCGGAGGCCGCGCUGAGAGCCUGCGUGGAGGGCCAGGCCGCGGCGGCGGAGCUCCCGUGCCCUCUUGCCAUGUGGGAGCUCGGGCACUGCGACCCCAGGAAAUGCACCGGGAGGAGGCUGGCGCGGAAAGGGCUGCUCCGCACCCUGCGGCUCCGCCAGCGGUUCCCGGGCCUCGUCCUCAGCCCCCUGGCCGCCCAGUGCGUCUCCCCGGCUGACAGGCAUGUCGUGGCUCAGAGUGGAAUUGCAGUCAUAGAUUGCUCAUGGGCCAAAUUAGAAGAAACUCCCUUUAAUAAAAUGAGAGGAAGUUACCUACGGCUGCUGCCUUACUUGUUGGCUGCAAAUCCUGUGAACUAUGGCCGGCCAUGCAAGCUGUCCUGCGUGGAAGCUUUUGCUGCAGCUUUUUAUAUUGUUGGAUUCCCAGACCUAGCCACCAUUCUUCUAAGGAAAUUUAAAUGGGGUAUGGCAUUUAUUGACUUAAACAAAAAUCUCUUGGAAAAAUAUGCAGCCUGUCAUUGUGAGGAAGAAGUGCUGAGAGUUGAACAGGAUUUUUUAGCCAGUGUCCAAGAAACAAAAGACGAAGAAAUAGAUCCAUUUGAUGUUGACUCAGGAAAAGAAUUUUCUAAUCUGAACAGACCAAUCAGUUCCCCAGGACUAGCACAAGGUAAUGAAGAAUCUGAGGAAGACAGCGUGAGCACUUCAGAUGAUGCCACUGAAAGCAGUGAUGAGAGCAGUCCAGAAGAUCAUGAUGAGAAACCUGACCAAGUUACUGCCCUGUUCAGUGCCCCUGCCACAGAAGGUGCCUCUGACUUUUUGCAGCCUUGAACCUGCCAUGUGUAUUUCAACUACUUCAUCUGGUUUAGGGUAAACUAUCUAAGCUGAAAAGUAAAAAAAUUAUUCUUGCAAUUGUAGUAUCAUCUCAGUAUGUCUUUUCAGUAACUUCACUUGCUAUUUUUUAUUUACUCUGAUAGAUAGCCCUAAGCAAUAUACACUGUUUUAGCACUGUAUAUUCAGAACUGUACCAUAAAAUUUCAAGGUAACAGGUUCAGCAACGCUCCUUACUUGUAGUGGCACUCUGGCAAGUGGGAGAUAAAUAUUUAAGGGCCAGACAACAUGUGAGUCAGACUCUCAUCAGCACUUGCAUCUUAGUUCACUUUCCCAUAUACUGCCAGUUUGUGUAUAGUGAAAGUGCAGCUGUUAGCAGUUAUUUUCUGUACUUUUAAAUUGAAUGCUCUUUUUUGAGUUUCCAGCACCCAGCUGGAACUUAUUUAAGCCUAAACUUCAGCAACCCUACAGCAGAACUGGAGAUAUUCAGGACAAAUCUUUGUGUUACCUUCAUGUAUACCAAGUCCUUUGAGUCACAGCAAGAUUUUUACCUCAACCCUCUUCUACUAGAGAUAUUAAAUGCCAGCCCUACUGGAGCUAGAAUUGGGAGUCACAGCAGCAGUUUCAGUGGUACAAGUAUUCCAUCUCCCUUUAAAAAAAAAACCAAACCACCCCAAGUAAAUGAAUUUGUCAGGGAAUCUUUCCUUUAACUCAAGUUUCACUCAGUUAGUCACUUUCCCACCCCAAGCACACACAGACUUUCCUAAAUCAGCUGUUUUAACAUGGACUUCAAGAGAAAGGUAAGGAAGAAAUCCGACACAAACAAUUUUUACAGGUCUAAGAAUAAUGUGUGUUAGCUAUUCUGAUUUGGGCAAAUGCCUUUAUGUUACAAAGCUAUUGUAAUCAAAUGCAGACAAGCAGAACAGAUCUGAGAACAGAGCUGUAUCACACUUAGAAUAACUGAAGUCUCUAGCAGUUGCCAUUUUUUAAUCACAAAAGCAAUGAAGAAGCUACAGCUUGUAUGGCACAAAGCUUUUCACACUUCA